AGUUUAGGAAAAGACAUUUAUCAGGGUGCGGUUCCUCUAAAAGACUCCUUCUUUUGUUGCUGAAUUGUUGUUGCUGACCACUUCUCUGCCCACGUGUUAAUCAGGACAAGAUAGCAUAUUGACGUAUUCAAGUGAGAAGAGGGGUUCUAACGGGGUAACAUAUCGGGGAGAAGCGUACAACUUUAAUGAAGUAGAGCGUCUGAUGAACGUUGAGGAUGAUGCGCCCUCGGUAGCCGUAUCACCGAACAAACAUGAAGUGGAGAAACCGAUGACCACCUUGGAGAGAUGGUGGGAUCAGAUAAAGAUAAAGUUAGGGAUAAAAAAAGGCGAGAUAGACCAGGGUUUGAGAGUGUUAAGAAGUAACGACCCUGCUUACAACCAGGAACAAAACUUCCCGGACAACUUCAUCAGCACAACAAAAUACAAAGCGUACUCCUUUCUGAUAGUGAAUCUGUGUGAACAAUUCAGCAGAUUAGCUAACGCUUACUUUCUCCUUAUCCUUAUUUUACAGUUAAUACCCUGGAUCGCCGCUCUUGACUGGUGGAUCACCUUACUUCCCCUAUUAUUUGUAUUAUCAGUAACUGGCUUUAAAGAUGCUUACGAUGACAUUCAACGGUGGCGGAGUGACAAGUCGAUAAACAACAGAACUACAACAGCUCUUAUCAACAAACAGUGGAGUGAGACGAAGUGGAGUGAGGUUAAUGUGGGCACACUUCUUAGGAUAAAGUCUAACGAGUCUAUACCAGCGGACCUGUUACUAAUAAGCUCAUCCUCACCUAACGGACUUGCUUACAUUGAAACAGCAGAGCUUGAUGGGGAGACGAAUCUGAAAGUGCGGCAGUCCCUUGCCGAGACAGAAUCAUACGUGGACGAUACUGAAAAGCUCUCUAAAUUUUUCGGGCGAGUUGAAUGUGAGUUACCAAACAACCGAUUAGACAAGUACAUUGGUUUGUUGGCUAUGGAGAGUAUUUAUGACGGUGACGGAGACCUCGCUCAGUAUUCACUUGAUAACGAUAAGAUACUGUUGAGGGGUAUGGUGUUGAAGAACACUUCUUGGGUGGUGGGAUUGACUGUUUUUACGGGACACCAAACCAAACUAAUGAUGAAUUCAGGCAAACCCACGUUGAAGCGAACGAAUGUUGAUCAGCUCCUUAACAAAAUUGUUUACUAUAUAUUGGGUUUAUUACUUGCCUUGUGUACAGUUUGUGGGGUAGGGUCUUUUAUCUGGGAGACCAUCCGCGGAGAGUAUUUCUCAGAGCAAUUUGCCCCGUGGAUAUCCCCCUUUGACAACGCGUUACUUAUCGCUGUUAUGCGUAUACCCUCCUAUAUUAUUGUCCUUAAUACCUUAGUGCCCAUAUCAUUAUACGUCAGUGUAGAGAUGAUACGAUUAGGUCAAAGUAUGUUUAUAAACUGGGACCUGUUGAUGUAUCACAACGAAACUGAUACACCUGCUAAAGCUAGGAGUACAGCACUGAACGAAGAGUUGGGACAGAUAAAGUACGUGUUCAGCGACAAGACAGGAACACUAACUCAGAAUGUCAUGGUCUUCCUGAAGGCCUCUAUCAACAGUGUCCAGUAUGGUAGUGGCACUGGGAGCGAGGAAGAUAUCGCUAUGGAUCCCGCAAAGAGUGUAGAUUUCUCCUGGAACGAGUAUGCAGACCCUAAGUUUACAUACGACGAUGAGUCCAUUGUAACGGCUGUCAAUGAUCGCGACCCGGAAGUGGACAAAUUCUUAAAGGUUCUGUCCCUCUGCCACACCGUCAUGUCAUCCGAGGAGGACGGUAAGCUCGUCUACCAAGCUCAGAGUCCAGACGAGGAAGCUCUUCUUACUGCUGCCAGGAACUUUGGUUACGUUUUUCUGACCCGCACUCAGAAAACAGUGACGAUGAGCCUGCUGGGAGUGACAGAGGAGUAUGAAAUGUUAGCUCUUCUUGACUUUGAUAACGUUCGUAAGAGGAUGAGCAUUAUUUUGAGGUGCCCUGACGGUAAAAUCAGACUCUUCUGCAAAGGAGCUGACACGACAGUGAUUCCUCUUCUGAACAACAACGACCCGGCCAAGUUAGAGGCUACUCUGGAUCACAUGAACUUCUACGCUAGAGAGGGUUUAAGAACUCUCAUCAUCGCUUGUAAAGAAAUAUCUGACCAGGAUUUUGCAGAAUGGGAGAUUAUCUUCGAGAAAGCUCAGUUGUCUCUAGAAGACAGAGAUGAUCAGAUAAACGCAGCACAGGACCUGAUAGAAACAGAACUGGACCUGGUAGGAUCUAGUGCUAUUGAGGAUAAACUUCAAGACGGGGUCCCGGAAACUAUUGCUAAUCUUGCACGUGCAAGUAUUAAGAUCUGGGUUCUCACUGGUGAUAAACAGGAGACCGCUAUAAAUAUCGGAUACAGCUGCAAGUUGAUAAAGCCGCGGAUGGAGGUGCUCAUACUGGAGGGAGAUGAGUCAGACGAAGUGAAGUUCGAGAUAAAGGAGCUCCAGUAUCGAAUAGACGAACUCAAGAGGGUUGCUAAAAAGGAGGGUGUUGACGCAGAGUUUGCUCUGGUAGUAACAGGAUCCACACUGAGGUACGCCCUGGAGGAGAGUUUGAAGUACACAUUCCUGGAUCUGGCUUUACAGUGUGCUGCUGUUAUUUGCUGCAGGGUUACUCCUCUUCAAAAGGCGUUGGUAGUAAGACUGGUAAAGAACUUCAAACCGAAUAAGAGUGAUGAUGAUAACAUAACACUUGCUAUUGGAGACGGUGCUAACGAUGUCAGCAUGAUUAGAGAGGCUCAUAUCGGAGUGGGAAUAAGCGGAAAAGAAGGAAUGCAAGCAGUGUUAGCCAGUGACUUCUGUUUCGCUCAAUUCAGAUUCCUUGAGCGGCUCAUCCUGGUCCACGGUCACUGGAGUUACAUCAGAAUGUGCAAAUUCUUGAGAUAUUUCUUCUUCAAAAACUUUGCCUUCACCCUAGUCCAGCUGUUCUACGCUCCGUUCUGUGGGUUCACAGCUCAGACCAUAUUCGACCCUCUCUACAUUACCCUGUACAAUGUGGUGUUUACUUCUAUGCCCGUCAUGUUGGUCGGGAUCAUGGAUCAGGAACUGAGCGUGGAGAAUGCUCCCCCAGAAGUCUACGAGGUGGGUCAACUAAACCAGCUGUUCAACAAGCAAGCGUUUGCUCUGUCUGGCUUCCACGGGUUUGUGGUUGCAGCAGGAUGUCUGUUCAUCCCCUACCAGAUGUUCGCUCAGAGUAUUAACAUUGACGGUCUGGACCAGCAGAGCAUGUACUUUAUCGGCACUGCUAUCGCCGGUAUCGUCACCAUAGUUGUCAACUUCCAGGUAGCCCUGGAAACCACACUGUGGACGGUUUAUAACCACAUCCUCACCUGGGGAAGUAUAAUCUCCUGGUUCCUUCUCUUCCUCGUCAUCUGCUCCCCCUUCGCAUUCCACAUAUCCCCUGAUCAGUUCUCUUACUUUGACGGGAUAUACAGAGUAGUACAGACGAGGAUAUGGUGGCUAACAAUGUGUCUAACCCUGGUCAUAUGCCUCUUCCCCUUCAUAGGAUACAGAUUAUAUGUAAUCCUCACCCAACCCACCCUACUUCAAGAAGUUGUGUACAACAUAGAAAAAGAGAAAGUAUCAAAGUUAACAACACUCACAAAGACGUUAAAAGCUCCCUUAAAAGAGAUUGCAGAUAGUAUCCCAUUACAUUUACAUCAAGGUCACAAAGGAGGCCACGCCCUGUACGCCACAAAAAGACAACAGAGUCGUAAAGACCUGUUCGGCAAACCGUCUUCAGCUCAAGCCAGUACGCGAGGGUACGCCUUCGCUAGUGGUGAAGGGUACGGUCGUAGGAUGAUCGCUGGCGGAGAAGCCAUGGUUCAGAUAAAGCGACAAGACACGCGGCAUCUCCCCUCCCAGAUAGUAGACGUGGAAGGAGAAGAUAUCCAGCUUCCAAUGCCAGUCAACGUCAGACCUAGAUCAGGCUCAAUGAGGAGCUCGACCAAACGAGCACAAGCUAGUCGAGUUGUUACCGUCGAUUGAGAAGUAGGUGACGUGGUGUGACGUCACGUGACAUUUGUGUCGUCACGGUGGUGACGUCAUCAGUUGUGUACUGGCGAUGUAUCAGAUCUUUACUACUUUGUAAGAUGUAAGAUUUUAGACUAGCAAAGUUUUAAUCUAGGUAUUAUCACAAUGAUGGAAUGGACAGAGAAUUUCAACCCUAGUCAGAGAGCCUUUAUUAGGAAGAAUCAAUAGAUAUUUAGGAGUUCUAGUUGAUAAUUCUAAUAAGUUUUGUUUUUGUUUACUCAUAUUUAUAGUGAAAAUUUACAGAUUAAACUCAGAAUGUUAGCGCGGAUGUUUUAUUGAUAUUAAGUGAAGUCGAGGUUAUGGAUCGUAAAGGUUUGAAUUUUAGUUAGCGAGUUUCCUAGGACUGAAGGUUUAACGAUGAUUAUGCCUUACAAACUAAGCGCAAGCUUUGGUCCAGGUGACUAAAAUCUUUAUGAUAUAAGGCCAUAGUUAUGUUUCCUGAAAUUUUAUAAUUAGAUGCUCAAGGUGACAUUAAUAGAAGCAAGGCUAAAUUCUAGAAUUUAAGUAUCCCAUUUAAAGGGAACUUAAUUUGUUAUGUUCGUUUUAGUUUAAAUUGUUUACAGUGUGCGCACAGUUUAGAAAUUUAUUAAUAAUUAACAUACAGCUUUCACAGUAAUUGUCUAAUUACAAUUUGAUAUAACAAAUUUUGAAUAACAUAUUUAAUGA